AUGGAGGCCCCAAGGGUAACUCCACGAACCUCAGCACGCAUAACCCGCUCCCGUACCCGAGCCGCCGACGUCGGUGCACCAGCUCCAGAUCCGGUCCUUUCUACAUUCUGUCCAGUCAAGAGGUCAGAACCGUCGACACCCCGCCGGACCCGGGCGACAAAAGAGAAUGCACCCGAAGAUGAAAUAUUGGUACCACUAUCGACGUCGAGAUCACGGAUGCCGAUGUCAACAGCAGCGGGCAGGGUACCCCUACGAAAGGCAGCUACGCCGAGUGUGAAUACACACACAGUACGGACGAGUACGAGUUCAACAACGCGGCGCUCACCUGGUGCGAGUUCCAGCACCCGCCGCUCACCAACCUCGACCUCCAAACCACGCCGAAAAUCACUCGGCAAACCCGUCUCCGUCUCCGUCUCACUACCCUCCGCACGAAGACCAUUGGCACCCGUAUCGUCGACGCCAGCAGCCGAGAGAACGGUGUUGGGGGAUGUAUGCGUCGAAUACCAGGUUCCGUUGAACGAUAUUUCGUCUUCGUCAGAGGGUGAAGAUGAAGAAGAGAUUCCGCAGCCGCCGCCACGGACACGGUCACUGACCAUCAUUGCGGGAAGGCGGAGUCCGAUGGAGGUCGUGGGUGCGCGGCCUCCUACACCACCGACGAUUACGCGGGACAAGCUUGGCAAGAAGAGGGAGGCGGAGGGGGAGGAUGAGUUGUGGCGGCCUGUCGUGCCUAGAGAGAGUUUGGGAAGCAGUGGAACCGAGGGCGGUACGCCGUCAAGGUCGGGGUCGGGGUUGGCGCCGUUGAGUUUUAGUUUUUCGAGGUUGCACGUCAAGGAGGCCAACCCACGAAAGAGGGAGCAAGAAACCUCGAACCCGGAUUCGCCGAGGAAGGAUCGUGAGAGGAGGAAGAGUGCCGCAAUCGUACGCAAGUCGCCGACACCGGAGACGGAGGACUCGUUUGAUGAUAUCCUCUCUUCGCCCUGCAAGCGCUCCAGCUCUUCCUCUGCACGGAAGAGUAUGUCGAAAGCGAGCGUGCGUGACGAGGAGGAAUACUCACCCCGCAAACUGAAACCAGCCUCCACCUCAUCCGCCUCCUCCGCACCCUCCCCCCGCAAGGCGCGUGGUCCUCUCCACGGCUGCGUGGUCUAUGUCGACGUACGCACCGCAGACGGCGACGACGCAUCUCCCCCCUUCGCCUCAAUCCUCGAAAGACUAGGCGCUCGAACCCUCAAAACCUGGACCUGGAACCCAUGGAGCGAGACUUCGUCCCCCGAACCUGGUGUUACGCACGUAGUGUUCAAAGAAGGCGGAAAGCGCACACUUGACAAAGUCCGUGAAGCACUCCGUCUCCGUUCCGAGGAGAAAGAGGGGAACGGGGUGAGGUGUGUAGGGUUGGGAUGGGUCUUGGCGUGUGAGCGGGAGGGUAGGAAGGUCGAGGAACGAGCGUAUGUUGUUGAGGUUGAGGGGAAGAGUAAGGCUUCGGGGACGGGGAUGGGAGGGCAUAGGAGGAGGAAGAGUAUGGAGCCGAAGGCGUUGGUGGGGUUGGGGUUGGUGCUUGGGUCUCCGGUCAAAGGAAUUGCACAUGUGGGUGCGAGUCCGGGUAAGGGUGCUGGGCUUGGGAGUCCGGGUAGGUCGACGUCGACGUCGAUGCCGAGUCCGGCGAAGGAGAGGAGGAGAGAGGAGAGGGAGGCCGCGGCUGUAUCGAAGGCGGGCGCUGGGGUAGGGUUGCAGUUGACAGGACAUCCGUCGUUGCCGGCGAAGCCGCCGAAGGCUGAUAGGCCGCAGUCUCCGACGAGCAGCGCUAGCACGCCAUCUUCGGUAAGCAAGUCCUCGAGGCAGGAGAAGGAAAGGAGUGUGAGCUCGACGUCGACAAAGUCACCUUGGGACGAACGAAGGUCGAAAUCGAAGGAAGAGCGCGAGAAGGAGAAAGCGAGGGGAGACAAGGAGAAGAAGGAGAAGCAAAAGGAACAGGAAAAGGAAAGGGAAAGGCAAGAAAUCCCAAAGCUGGAUUUCGUGAAACCAGUCCACCUCCCACCCCCCAUUCAACGCCCUGCCGCCAACACCCCACCCCCUCUUCCCCCACGCUCCCCGCCCUCAUCCCUCUCCCCUUCUCACGCGACUUCUGACAAAAGGAAAAGCGGCACCCAUAUCAAAUUCGGCGACAAACCCCUCCCAACACCCCUCGAAGCACAAAACUUAAUGUCAGCGAGACGAAAGAGUAUGCAGUUUGCUAGUAAGAUGAGUAGUCCGUUGGCGAGGAAGAGUUGGGUGCCGGCUGGGGUAGUUGGGGAGGACUGA